UCUAGGGCGGGUUUCUUACGGCGCUUCUCUUGACCUUAAUCCGUCUCGAGGGUUUAAUGAUUUGUCAAAACAUCUAAUUCAGGAUACAUGCGUGAAUUUCUAUAAACGAACACUGUUGUAUAAUCACUAAAAGUGAUAGAAUUAGUCCUAUAGAUAUAAAUAUAAAUCAUGAGUCUCUUUACAAGUCCACCUCCAGUUGUAAAGAGACUUAUAAGUUACAUCAAAGAAGGUUCAGACAAAGAAGAAAAGUGGAAGGAAAAGGCUGUUAAAUCAUUAGUCAAGAGGUUAAAAAACGGAACACAAUUGGACGAGUUGGAACGUGCUUUGGUUAGCCAAGAUCCAUCUACACGCUGUGUUACAAUACCUCGUUCAUUGGAUGGACGUCUACAGGUUGCCCAGAAAAAAGGUUUACCACACGUUUUUUACUGCCAACUUUGGCGAUGGCCAGACCUGCAUACUCAGCACGAGUUAAGGCCUAUCGCUACUUGUGAAUAUUCUUUCCAAUCAAAACGCGAUGAGGUUUGUAUCAACCCUUAUCACUAUCGAAGGAUUGAAAAUCCAGUUCUCCCACCAAUUAUGGUUCCUCGUACAGUUAACAAUGGGACUUCCGGAGUCAAUAACGACAACACACAUCGUGGUGUGACAGAAUCAUCUACUGAACGUUAUGGAAGAGGUUCAUCUUUUGGUUCACAUCAUUCUCGAUACUCCUCUAUGCACAAUCAGUAUCAACAAGGUCUUCAACAACAACAUCAUCUAAAUGCUUUACAGAGUCAUCAUCCUUCCUCUGCUGGACUAAAUGAUUCUAUGAUAAUGGGAGAUGAUUGUGGUUCAGAACCAAAUAGUUUAGCUGCCCUCCUAGCUCCUCCAUCUAAACAACCCAGACAACAUCUUGCUACAGAUGCUGUAACAGCUGCUGCUCUAGCCAGAGGUGAUGCACUUGACGCGUAUGCUGUGGCAAGUCGAGCAAUAGCUGGUUUAGAAAAUGUCGGAAAUGUACUCGGUGGGACGCAUCCACCAUGUGUGAGCCUUCGUGAGGCUGCUGAAAAUAUGACUCUGGGUGGACCCCCCAAUUUAGUUGGAACGCCCCCAGCUCCUCCUCAUACAGGCUAUCAAUCGUCUCUUAUGAAUGUAGUGUCCAGUCUUAGCGGUGAUGGUCGUGAUUUCGCUCGCAGUUUAGGUGUAGCAAAUCACAUUCACAAUGCUACAACGAGGUCACUUAGUAUGGGUGAUUAUCCAAUUCCUGUGUCUGCUUGCCAAGAAGAUCGUUCUAACGAUUCUCAGUGCCUAGGUCCAAAUGCUGAUAAUUUGAGUUCAAGUUUUAUGGGUCAAUCAUCAUCAGUUUCUUCAUCUACAACUCAGAAAGCUCCUAGUAUUGCUGGUGCCGGCCCGUCAAUAAACUCUCCUGGUACAUUGUCAUCAGUUGAAGAAAAUUGUAUCAGUGAAGAUGACAAUAUGGAUCUAGAUAUGUUAAGUGAUGUUCUUAUUGAUGGAAAUGAAAUGACUUCAGUAGCUUAUCAAGAACCUGAAUAUUGGUGUUCAUUAUAUUAUUAUGAAAUGAAUACUCGUGUUGGAGAUACAUUUCAUUGUUCUAGUCCAUGUUUAACUGUUGACGGUUUCACCGAUCCAAAUAGACAUAAUCGUUUCUGUUUAGGUCUAUUAUCCAAUGUGAAUAGAGGACAUCAGAUUGAGCUAACUAGAAGGCAUAUUGGUAAAGGUGUUAAACUUUAUUAUAUUGGCGGUGAAGUGUUUGCAGAAUGUUUAAGUGACAGUGCUAUAUUUGUACAAUCUCCUAAUUGCAAUUAUAUGUAUAAAUGGCAUCCAGCAACUGUAUGUAAAAUUCCACCUGGAUGUAAUUUAAAAAUAUUCAAUAAUCAAGAAUUUGCUAAUCUUCUUACAGAGAAUGUAACUAAAGGUUUUGAAGCUGUUUAUUCACUAACAAAUAUGUGUACUAUACGAAUGAGUUUUGUCAAAGGAUGGGGUGCUGAUUAUCGCCGACAAACUGUAACUAGCACUCCGUGUUGGAUUGAAAUUCAUUUAAAUGGACCUCUACAAUGGCUUGAUCGUGUCCUUAGUCAAAUGGGCUCCCCAGAUCAUCCUUGCACAUCUGUCAGUUGAACCGAUGAAGCUAUCCCUUAUUUAUUGAUUAUUGUUAUGAUAACUGUUAAUGUUCAGGAUAAAUUAUCUCUUGUCAAUAGUAUCUUUUCCGACGUCUUUCGAAUACCUCCUAAAUAAAAAUAAAAACAAUUACUGAAUACUUAUUAAUAUUAUUGUUAUUCUUUUCACUGGAUUUCAGGCUGCCGACGACACUUCUAACUUUAAUCCAAGUUCAAUUUGUCCUCAAUUACAGUUGUAUGUUGUCACUUGAUUAUUAUGUCACUAUUAUUUUAAAUGUUUUAAUCCUUCUGAAUGCAAGUCUAUAAUGUUAGAUUAAUGCCAAAUAUUCAUUGAUGACAAUUUGACAUUGAUUAUGUAUUUCUUUACCUCCUUCAACUUAGCCUCCCGAUUGUCAACCAUUUUCCUUUAUUCCGUUUUUAAUUUGAAAACGUAAAUAAGAAAUUCUACGCAUUAUUAUUAUUGAUGUUUUUCAUUUCUGUGUAGUUAAUCAUUCCAUGUUGUUUGUAGACUCUCUCUUCAUAUUAACAUAUUACUCUGCUUAUUUAUUACUGCCUUAAUUCCUCUUUGGUUUUUUGUAACACCAGGUACUUUAUUUACUUCAUUUUAUGUCAGUAAUGAUGUUCAGACAAAUAGUUCUUUCCCUUAUUGUUACUGUCAUUGUCAUUUUAUUUGUAUCAUACUUCCUCAGUUGAGAAUAAUGUCUUGCACAGUAGUCUCGUUUUUAAGAAUAACACAAUUGUAUCCGUUUAUCCUAUGUCCAUUAUCGACAACACCAUCUUCAUCGUUAUAUUUGUUAGCAGGUGUACAUGUUUAAAUGGUUGAUUGAAAAUUGUCUCUUUUACGGGAAUUCUUUUGUUUUGUUUCCUCAUUAGUGAGCGCCGUAAUUUUCCACUGGGUUUUUUGUAUGCUACUGAAUAUCGUCACUAUUAUUAUUAUUAUUAUCAUUGUUGUUACUAUUAAUGUAUGCUUAUUUUAUCUUUAACAACUACCCGGUUAGUGGUGGUCUGUUUCACAUGGGUUUCUGUAUGAUAUAUAUAUAUAUAUAUAUAUAUGAUUUAUAACCCACUCAUUAAUUAUUAUAAAGUUUUCCUGUUGAGAUUCAGCAUUUUUAGUUGGGAAUCAACUACCAUGACGAUUCUGUUACUUAUUGUUGGGUUUUAUCCAUUUUUGAGAGAAAUGUUGUCGGUCAUUGUUCACUGUACUUUUUAAAGAAUCUUUACGUGUUCUGGUCAUCUUUCUUUUUCAUCAUUACUGAACUUUCGCCUUUUUUAAAUUUAUGUCUAAUGCGUAGUGAACUGUCAGCGAUUUGUUUGCUUGUUUUCAUAUCCGCUUUUAAUCAGUAGGGGCGGCAGUUGAUGAUAAUAAUAAUGAAUAUUAUCCAGUGUUUGUAAUUAAUUUAGCCCGAUGUUUUGUUAAAUAUUUUUUGUUCUAUUACUUGAAAACUCCUAUACAUACGUACGACAAGUCAUUUUGGCUCAUAUAUAAAUAUAUUAACCUAGUUUCAGUUCCUUUUCAACCUGAUAAUAAAUAUAACAUUGAUAAAGAAAUUUAAAAUUGUUUAUUAGGUUGUACUAUACUUUAUUUCUAAGAGAUAUCGAGUAACUUUUGCGUCAGUGUUUUACUCUAUUCUCUGUGUGUGUCAAUGUAUGGUUACCUUUGGUGUUAUAUUUCAUGGCUAAUGGUUUUAUUCAUGCAAAUGUUCGUGGUCGAAACUAACUUGUUACUUAGAUAGACAUCAGUUAUUCUCUGAUUCAGCAUACUUGUAUCAUUUGAUUUUCACUAUACAGUAAUUUUAUGAAAUUUUCAUUUUAAACUCCAAAAUUACUUUUCCAUACCAUUUGUGUUAGUUGUCUAUUAGUCGACAAUCUACCAAGUUUAAUUUUGUCUAAAUAAUGAUAUAUAUUCAAUCGGAACAACAAUUGAAACUUCGAUAACAGUUAUGACAUCAGGGGACAGUCUUGGAGUCCAAAUUAAAGUAACUAAUAGUAAUUUUUUCUUAUUGUAACUAUGCUCCGAAUUCAAUCACGUUUCAGUGUUUCACAAAUCGAGUUACUUAUUAUCUUACAUUAUAUUCAUUACAAGUAAAACUGUUCAAAUAAUCUCGAGUUAUCGCUAAUGAAAAACCAGUCUUUUACAAUAAGAAAACAUAUGGUGGAUCAUUUGAUUGUUUAAUUGAAAAUGAUUUUGUAUUAAGCCAAUGAUAGUUUAAUAACAGCUGACGUCUGUACCUCAUAGGUUACGGCAGUGAUUGUCUUCCAUCAUCUACUGUUUAAAAAGUAUUCGAAAAAUGUAAGUCAAGAAGAUUAUUCAAUGUACAAGAAAAAUUUUGAAUUAAGCAUUUCCGUCAGUUCUGUUUGAAUAAAAUAGAAAACUGGAUAAACGAACUUAGCACCGUAGAGCAACAGUUUUUUGCCGUUUACCUGAUUUAUUUAUGCUGAAAAUUAUCAUGUGCUCAUUAGUAACUAAAUUCGACAGGGAAUUCUCGGAGUUCUAGUGAGAGUCUGCGACCAUUGAAGUUGAACCGUGUCGGGUGGGAGGUCUGGAGGUUUAGUGUUAGCGUGAGACCAUAGUUAGUUCGUUGGAUUCCUGGUUGAAGGUAUGUGGAUACGUAGUGCUGAGGAGUUCCAUACUAGUGCGAAACGUUCGUCCAGUGCUUCCAGGUUCCCACUGGUCGUUUAACAUUGAUUGAUUUAUGAUUUCAGUGAAAUCCAACAAUCUCCGCAACGAUUUAUUUAAUUUGAUGACAUUUAUUUUCAUCAUCAAUGCCUACUGUCCAUUUUUCGUAUGUUAUGUAUAUACCGUUCUCCAGGUUUUAUCUUUUCAUCCUUCGUAAAGUUGAACUGUACCGCUAGAUAACCUAGAGAUGUCUGUCCACUUGACCAAACACAAUACAUCAAAGACUAUUGAAUAUUUUGUCGUAUCACGAUAUUCUUUCAUAUAUAUCGUUACAAAGUAUUCUAACAUUACAAAUUUUAUUAAUCUUUGAUGAAAACCCCAACUCCAUAUUAUAUUUGGACUUUGAUCUCAAAGUGAUUUACACGUCUAUUAUUGGCUCGAUGGUAUAGUUCAGCUUCAUCAGAAAGCUAGAAAAAUAAUAAUCAGUUAUAAUUUGCACUUGUUUAAUCUAAAUUGUCCUUGUUACUCAACGGUAAGUAUUGUCACUUAUACACGUACGUGUGUGUGCCUGUGUACCUAUACCGUGAAAGGUCAUGGCUGUUAUAAUAACAUGAAUACAUCGUCAGUCGUAUUUGUUCUUCCCUUUCUAUUAGGCUUAUUUUAAUUUAAUUAUUCAUGUCCCUCCCACUAUGUAUGUGUGUAAAUGUUUACCUUGACCUAGAAUUUAUCCGAUCGUCUAGAGUUUUUAUUUGUUAUGUGUGAUUAAUCUAAAUUAUAAAUGAUGUCAUAUUCAAUUUAUUAUGUAUGUCUGUUGCUUGUCUAUUCUCUUAUUCAUUCCUGUUUAGAUGGAGACGAAUGAAUGCUUUUUGUAAUUUUGUUUUGAGGUCGUUUUUAUUACAUGUAGUGGAUAGUUGAUAAAUACAUGAACGAUGAGGUCAAAGUUAAUAUAUAUCUCUGUAUACCAAAUAUAAGAAAUUUUCUCACACAUCUUUCAGUUGGAUACUAAAUUAUCUAGAUUUUAUCUUGUGUUAAACCAUGGAAAUACAAAAUGAUUAGUAUGUAAAUGAAAAGUUGGUCUAGUUUUGCAACAGAUUCACAACUGUAUCGUUUAAUUCAAAAGAUCCUUGCUUUUCGUUGUUAAAAACUAUCAAUGAAUAGUGUUAAGUAGUACAUUCUUAAAACAGUAUUUUUUUUCCAAAAUGUAAUGAUCCAAUAUCAAAUUAUCAAUAUAGGGUUGGGCAGAUUACGGAUCGAUCGAAGUUAGAAUGUCACUGAAAAUAUGAAAGCACUAGACAUCAGUUUUGUCUUAAUGUGAAACUUGUUAGCAGUGUGUGUCUAUGGUUCUGCUAUCGGGAAUCAGGAGAAUUUGGUUUUGCUUUGUGAUCUCAGUGAAAUUCGUCAAAUCUAUAUAACUUUACACAGCUAUCAUGUGCUCACUAGUGAUCAACUUCGAGAGGAAAUUCCCUGUGUUUUAAUGAGAAGUCGUGACGAGUGGAGCUAAACUGUGUCGGGUGUGAGGCAGUUACCUGCUUAAGGUAAUAAAAGAUGGUAACACGAUAUUGUGGUUUGGUUGAGGUUAUACAUUAAUAACGCUGGAUGCCAACUCAAUGAUCUAGAGGCUAAGUGUUCGAGUGAGACCUAUGUUUAUUUAUUGGAUUCCUGAUUGAUGUUAUGUGGACGCGUUGUGUUGACGAGUCCUAUACCAGGACAAAACUAUCGUCUAGUGCUUCCAGGUUUUCAAUAUUGGUCUAACAUUGAUCACCUCGUGAUUUCAAUACGGUAUUAAAUCAUCUAGAAUAUGCUGCCACCUUGACAUGAUGGUCAGACUUGCCUCUCGUAAUGAACCAAUCGUUCCUCAAGGUUCUAUCAUGCCAGAUAGUUCAGCUGAACUGAUAUAAGACUAAAAGCAGCAAACCCAAGUCCGAGGGCGAAAGUCGUACUUCUAAAUGCACAGAUGUGUGAUGGCAGUAAGGUGUUUCCUUCACAGAACUAGCAUAGCAGCGAUGCCACCUUCCCAUGUGGAAGGGUGGGGUUAGAAACGGUCGACCCUAAAAAUAUACACCUCGCUUUAUCUCACGGAUUUCCGUCUCCAGCGGUAAGGCUCAACAAGUACGGAGGUAACGCGAACAUUACUCACAAAAAGGUCGUGUGUGACCGGCCUCAAGCAGUUAUCCCUUGUGCACUGUGGUUAUUAAGACUAACUCUAAACAAAUUUUCUUUUUCAGGUACCCUUAGAAGAACCCUUCCACAAUGUGAGCAACCGGGAAGUGAUAACCGCCAUCAUACCUCUAGCAGCACUCAAGACCACUGUAUUCAUAAUAAAUCUCCCUCUUCAAUUCCUAUUAUUCCUCCUUCGUCGACUUUCAACCCUAGACUUCCUCCUCUAGUGCCACUAUGGCCAACGAUUCUAGUCCGCAAAACACUGUCUCAGGUCUACUGAAACCUCGCUCCAAACUACACAUUGAAGCCUUUAACGUACACAUCCUAUCUCAAAUCGGCCAGCAGGUCUCUUUGGCUAAAACCCUAGAAUCUCGUACCAUUCAUGAAUAUUGUGUCUCCGAAACACGCACAAAGGAUCCUAGUGUGGUCAUUCACUUGACCUCACCUCGCCAAAACGAAGAACCGAUGAGAUACACCCUCUUUCUAUCUGGCGACCCGAUGCCUAGUUCUCGUGGACUGGCGGGUGUAGGUAUAGCACGAAGUACAAGGGCCGAACAAGCACUAUUAGAAUGGUUCCCUGUUAACAGUCGCCUAUGUGUUCUUCGUCUAAAUGGCUCUUCAAGAACUCAGAAGGGUAGGAACACACGUCGUUGCCUUCUCGUCGUUUCUGCCUACGCUCCCAUUGACUGCAGCCAAUGAAAGAUGAAUGUUACAGAAAGCUUUCUGAACCUCUUCAAAAACUAAACACUCAGACAUAGUACUAGUCACGGGUGACAUUGAUGCCCAAGUAGGUAGCUUAAACCAAACAGAAAGACAUUUAGGUGGGUAUUUGAGUAUUCCGGCCCAGCCAACAGAUAAUGGUGAUCAUCUGUUGCAACUAUGCUUAGACGAUCGUUUAUUUUUAACAAGCACUAAUUUUAGACAUAAGGAGAGACAUCGUCUAACAUGGCGACCCCCUAUUGGUGAUUUGAACCAAAGGGUUACGAAGAACCAAUAAAUUUCUACUAAGUCUAUUGCACUGAUAGAUUCUCAUAAACUCAUCCCAUCAGGCUCUGAACACGACGAAGAGCGAAAACCAAUCAGAUCUACGUUAACCAAAAGUCUAAGGAGUGACUGUUAUAAGUGGUGGGCAGCGAAAGCAAAAUAAAUGGAAAAGGCAGGGGCCGUAGGUGACACAAGACAGCUUUUCAGAUUAAUAAAAGAAACCGGAAUUAAGAAGUCAAGUGUGAGACAAUCUCGGUAAACGAUGGCACUUAUCUACUCUCAGUACAGACGUUUAGAAGGAUGGGCGAGUCACGUUAAGAUGUUCAGCUGGCUGUCCACUACCUCCAUUUCUGUUUAACUACAUCACAGACAUACUGCUGGAAAUAACGCUCUCGUCAACUGAAUUCUCAGGCAUUGAUCUCCUUCCAGAAGGUCCACUUAUCGACUUAGAAUGCACAGAUGACAUAGUCCUGAUUGAUAAAGACGCUGACAAAAUGCAGUCUUUUGGUGGCACUAAGCAGCAAUGCCAGAAUGUUUAGAAUGCGCUUCUCUCCCUCUAAAUGCAAGUUGUUGCUUCAGGACUGGUCUGCGUCAAUACUUGAACUAAAAAUAGGAAGUGAAGUAGUCGAACGCGUCGACAACUUCACUUAUCUUGGAAGUCUGAUCAGCCCUAAUGGGUUGGUGUUUGACGAAAUCUCAGCACGGAUUCGAAAAGCUCGAUUGGCUUUUGCCAACUUGCGUCACCUAUGGCGAAGGCGAGAUAUCUGACUAUCAAUAAAAGGACAAGUAUACUGUGCGGCAGUCCGUUCUGUUUUAAUUUACGGCAACGAAACAUGGCCAUUAGGAGUAGAAGAUACUCGUAAGCUACUAGUAUUUGACCACAGAUGCCUUGGAAAUAUUGCUGGCAUCUACUGGGAUCACCGGGUAAGUAAUAGUGAGGUUAGACGUAGGGUAUUAGGUAAUGAUGGUAAAUCAGUUGAUGAGGUUGUGAAUCUUCAUCGACUGAGAUGGUUGGGUCACGUGUCACGUAUACCUGAACACCGAGUAUCACGACGUGCAAUGCUAACCGGUAUUGGUGAUGAUUGGAAGAAAAUUAGGGUUGGCGAAACUAAAACAUUGUGUCAGUGCUUGAAGUCACUAUUUUGUGGUCUGAGCCAUGUUGGUAGAUGCAGACUACUUGGUUGUGGUCCGCGUGACUAUCGUAACCCAUGGUUGGAGACUCUGUGUGACAUGACUUAGAAUCGAUCAUAAUGGCGUCGGUGUAUGCACUCUUUAUCUUCUCGUAAACGAUUAGAUUAAAAUUACUUUAUACUUUUCUUUCUACGAACUAAUUCUUUCUUCCUGUACUGUAUCCUUAUAUGCAAUCUUUCUUUUAUAUACUACCACCACUGAAGUAACUAGUUCUAUGAAUUUGGUGUUGAUCUUGUUGUGCUAAUGCUGUAUGGCAACUUGGACUGAUGGAUAUAUGUGACUGGUCCUACGUUAUAGAUGACUGAUUGUUUACUGAAUCCUACUUUUAUUAUUAUUAUUAUUAUUAUUAUUAUUAUUAUUAUUAUUAUUAGAAGCUUUAUUCAACAUUAUAUUUUUGGUACAACAUAGAAUUCUCAGCAUAAAGUAUUUCAACAAGUUUCCUUUUCUUAUACCUUGAUCGAUUGUGACGAUAAAUUUUGAAUGAUGACCAGUUAGAUGUUAGGAGUUCGGUAAUCCACAUUUGAUUAAUGUUCAUUCGUUUCAAUGCAUAUUGCCGGCCACCAUGAUGUCGCUGAUUGUACCUUUUUGUAUCCCAUAUAGUGAAAGGUUGUAAGCUUUUCAUAAACGCGCCUGAACAGAUUGUGUGCACAAUAGACAUAAUGAUGUGCUAAAACAAACAACAAAACAGAUAACUUGAUGAAAUAUCUAGAUCGGAGGAACAGGUAGCCCAGAUAUUCAAGCAGGCCGCCUUCAAGUUUACAUAUAACCAAAAUAAGUUCUUUGAAAUGGUGGAUUAGUGGUAACUACCAGGAUGUCCGAAAUCAGAAUUUAAAUUUUGUUUGUAAAGCCCAUCUAUAACCUCUCUUAGUAAUCCAUUCUUUUAGGAGUGGCCUAAAAUCACUUCACUCAGCUCCUCUUGGUUUGUAUCAUCUAAUUGAGUUAGCCAUAGUUAUUUCUAGAUUGAAUGUAUUGCUCUGAUGAUCCAUCAGUUCACUCUCGAUGUUUAAUAAGAAGGACUUUAAAGUUCCUUAUAUUCAUUUCUUGAAUUAUCUACUACUAUAUAUCGUUCAGAAUCAGACUAGAUUGAUAAGCAAUUUCAAACUGAACUGUAUUUUUUGCAACAAAUUAUCGUAUGUGUUAGCAAAUAUGUGGAAGUCGUGUAUAGAAAUGCUAAUCUAUUCUAGCACUCCUAAGGCUCAAUAACAGUGAGCAGAUUUAAUUAAUCAAUUACAUUGAGCAAAGAAAGUAUGAAUGAAAACUAGUUGAUUUGCAUAACUUUUAUCACAUAAGGCAAAAAUUUGAAUUUUUACUUUUACACUGUUUGAUAGUUAAAUGAAAUUUUCGAUCCGGUUUUUUUGCGUUCUGAGCACUACUGUUUGAAUUUUACGAAAAUACUUGGACAUUUUAAAUUUAUUUCUAUGUGUUGUUUGAAUCUUCUAACUCUGAUUCAGAAAAAUCCUUAUGACUUACUGACAAUGUUAAGGCAGCCUGCUCAUUAUCCUUAUAUCCUAUGAAAGACUGAUCAGUUGUAAUCCUUAACAUCAACAGGAAUAUUCAAUAAACAACCUUUACAGAUGAAUUAAGAUUUAUCCCUGUUCCACGGGCCAUCAGCUAUCAUUACUAAAUAGUCCAGUCGAUAACGUAUUAGGUGUUUGAAGCGAAAGGUACUGGGUUCGAGUCUCAAUGUGAUCAUCAACACUAAUGAAGUAGAUAUAUCCAGCUGACGAGGUCUAAAUAGGCCUUAAGGAUUCCAUUUGGAGGCUUGCCUUGUGACGCAGUUCGAUGCUUUCCUCAAUGUGUGUCCUGUUCACUUUCAGCUCUGCUUUUUGAUUUCUUCCUCCACUGGAAUCGGGUUUGUUCUCUCCCACAGUAGGUUGUUUCUGAUAGUGCCUGGCCAAUGGAUCCGAAGUAUUUUGCGUAAACAAUUGUUAAUAAACACCUAUAUCUUCUGGAUGAUGGCUUUCGUAGUUCUCCAGGUUUCUGCCCCAUACAGUAGAACUGUCUUGACAUUUGUAUUGAAAAUCCUGACCUUGGUGUUGGUUGACAGUUGUUUUGAGUUCCAGAUGUUCUUCAGUUGUAGAUAUGCUGUUCUUGCUUUGCCGAUCCGCGCCUUCACAUGUGCAUCAGAUCCACCGUGUUCAUCAAUGAUACUGCCCAGAUAUGUAAAGGUUUUUACAUCUUCCAAAUCUUCUUCGUCAAUUGUGAUUGGAUUGGUACAUGCUUUGUUGUAUCGGACAAUCUCGCUUUUCCCUUUGUGUAUAUUGAGACCUACUACUGCUACUCUGAUCGUCUUUUCCUGCAUUUGUUGUUACGUGUGCAAUAGAAGAGCCAGAUCAUCUACGAACAAAUGUUAUAUUAACGUAUAUUAUAAAUUUUUGAAUGUAUUAUACUGAAUAAAGACUACAAGCCUAUAAUGAA